AUGGCCGUUUUCUCUCUCAUAUCACUUCUUGUGACCUUGCGUCUAUUCCUACUUGUAUCUGGUAUCCCGGCACCGGCACCUGUACCCGCAGCAGGAGAUGCAGCGGCCACAUCAUACUGGCUCUCCUCUAUCCAGAGACGAGGGACUGUAGCUUAUGGUGAUGCUAGCUUCCAAAUCUUCCGCAAUGUCAAGGACUUUGGUGCCAAGGGCGACGGUAUGUAAUUCUUCUUUUCGAUCAAGAUGAAAUCCUCCCAAAGACCCACUUCUAACAAUAACACAGGAUCUACCGAUGAUAGUGAGGCCAUUAAAGCCGCCAUCAAUCUAGGCAAUCGAUGUGGCCAGGGCUGUGAUUCCUCCACGGUAACCCCAGCUUUGGUUUACUUCCCACCUGGCACCUACGUUGUCAGCAAGCCUAUUAUCCAACUUUAUUACACCCAACUAGUUGGAGACAUCACUGAUCGUCCAACCAUCAAAGGCAGUGCCAAUUUUUCGGGCAUUGCUUUGAUUGACUCGGACCCUUAUGACAACACUGGUAACAACUGGUUCACUAAUACCAAUAAUUUCUUCCGCCAAAUUCGCAAUUUCAAGAUCGACACUACUGCCAUGCCUCUCGCUGCAGGAACUGGUAUUCAUUGGCAAGUUGCUCAGGCAACAAGUUUGCAAAAUAUCGAGUUCAACAUGAGAACCGACGGUGGGGCUGAAAACAAGCAACAGGGUAUCUUUAUGGAUAAUGGCUCUGGUGGUUUCAUGACCGAUUUGACCUUCAAUGGUGGACAUUAUGGUGCAUUCUUGGGCAACCAGCAAUUCACUACCCGCAACCUGGUAUUCAAUAACUGCCAAACUGCUAUUUUCAUGAACUGGAACUGGGUAAGAUGACCUCACUCGCUCUUUAAAUUACCUCGGCUAAUGUCAAAUUAGGCUUGGACGUUGACUGGAAUUACGAUCAACAACUGCGGAGUGGGAAUUGACAUGGGUGAUGGAUACCCCCAAGUAAGAACGGGCUCAGUUGUUGUUGCCGACAGCAGCUUUUCCAACACACCUGUUGGUAUUUCUGCUGCAUAUACGCCAAAUCAACCCGGUGGUACCAACGACACUCUCGUAAUUGACAAUGUUGACUUCUCAUCCAAUGUUCCUAUUGCCGUUCUCAAUGCACCCAACAAGGCCACGCUUCUUCCCGGCAACCAAAAAGUCGGCUUAUGGAGACAAGGAAACGAGUACACCGCCCCAAAUUCCCAUCAAUCUGUUCAAGGCGGCUCCAAUGCUCCAGCUAAACCUGCUGGUCUUCUCGGGCCCAAUGGUCGUGUCUUCUCGCGUUCCAAACCACAGUAUGAAACGGUCCCCGUCUCUUCUUUCAAAAGUGUCAAGGCCGCUGGUGCUAGGGGAGAUGGCGUUACAGAUGAUACUCAAGCCAUUCAGAACAUUUUCAACUCCGUGGGUCCCAACGACAUCGUCUACUUUGACCACGGUGCUUAUGUUGUCACCGACACGAUUCAAGUUCCUGCAAACAUCAAGAUUACCGGUGAAAUCUGGCCUCUUAUCAUGGCCGGUGGAAAUGCCUUCAAGGACCAGGCAAAUCCAAAACCAGUUUUCCGAGUCGGAAAUCCCGGCGAAUCUGGCAACGUCGAAAUGUCUGAUCUGGUAUUUGAGACCAUUGGUCCACAACCCGGUGCAAUCAUGAUGGAAUGGAAUUUGAAGGGAGCCAGUCAAGGCUCUGCUGGCAUGUGGGAUGUCCAUUUCCGAAUUGGAGGAUCUGCCGGAACUCAAUUGCAAUCCAACGCAUGCACCAAGAACGAGAAUGUCAUCGCACCAGCCAACCCUUCUUGCAUGGGGGCCUUCCUUCUUCUCCAUGUCACCAAUCAAGGAGGUAUUUACUUGGAAAACAACUGGUUCUGGGUUGCCGAUCACGAGCUUGAUCUAGCUGACCACAACAAGAUCAAUAUCUUCAACGGUCGUGGUGUUUUGAUUGAAUCUGAUCAAGGACCAGUUUGGAUGUAUGGUACCAGUUCCGAACAUAGUGUCUUGUACAACUACCAAAUUGCAAACGCAGCAAACGUUUACAUGGCAUUAAUUCAGACUGAAACACCAUAUUUCCAGAGCAACCCCGAUGCCACCACACCAUUCCGCGUGAACCCAGCCUUCUCUGAUCCAUCAUUCUCUGGUAGCGCCUCGACCAACAAGGCCUGGGGUCUUCGUAUUGUGGAUUCGAAAGAUAUCUGGAUUCAUGGUGCUGGUCUUUACUCUUUCUUCGUAAGUUUGCUAUUUUAUUCCUCUUGAGUCAGAUACUAAUUCUCUCGUAGGAAAACUGGAACGUGGACUGCAACACUUUCAACAAUUGUCAAGACAACAUGGUCUCAAUUGAAAACUCCAGCGGAAUCCACCUGUAUGCUCUUUCCACAAAGGCAGCAAGAAACAUGGUGACUGUCAACGGACAAAGUGCAGCUUUGGACAGCGACAACCGUAACAACUUCUGUGCUACAGUGGCUUUGUUCCGACUGUAGCCAUGUGGGUGAACAGAAUAACAGCAGCUCUUGAAAUUUUUGAUUCUUGAGAUACCCC